UUCUUCAUUAUCCAUCAGGUAACAAUAAGUAGCCGAUUAUAAAGGUAAAUGAACACGAUAGACAUUAUUCGGGCAACAUCGAAUCUCGAACAUGUUACACAAUAGGUUAUAAAAUGAACUUGAUCUGUAACUUUUUGAUUACAAAUACACGAGUUUGAUCUAGCUGUAUCAGUGGGCAGUGGCUAUUGUAGAAAAACGUUCAAUAGCUCAUUCAAUGUUAUCCUUUUUAAAUAAAUACAAUUUCAAGUGAAAACGCCCUAUCUUCUCUUGUGCUUGGCACCGAGUUCGACUUCAAGACAUGUCGGUGGCGCUGUGCUUCAGCACGCCAUGGUGCGUGUGGUUUUGGACUAGCAUUGUGUCCAUAUCAGUAGCAUUAAUAAUAAUGAUUUACUACACUAUCCGUUGUUGCAAAGUAAUGCAUUCAACCCAACCAACACUUGGGUUCCAAAUUCGCCAAAUGGAGCAGCAAAUGAGAAUGGCGGAACAGCAGCAAGUGGUUAGACUGCAUGACGAACCUAACGCAAAUGAACGAAUUAACGACGACCAGCCACCUGCUUACGAACGCUUGUACCCGAACAUGAUGUACCUGCCAUACGUGGCCGUGUACCACCAUCACUUACAGACUCUACAUGCGGGUAAUGAGACCGCAUACCAGCUUGGCCAUGCCGACGCAUCCUCUUCCCUCACCACACCCUCUUAGCACAAAGCUAUAACGAAUUCAAAGCACUAAACAUACCAGCUAAUUACGAGUUAAAUUUACGCUGAAAUAAGUGAAUAAAAUAUUGUUCAAGGAUUUGAACAAAAUCUUAAAGGAUGAUUAAAUUGAAUUUAGGGAUGUACCACGGCUUCAACCCAUAUCUGAAGAAAAUCACGUGGUCCUUGACUGCAUUUCUGAAUUGUGAGUAAAAAAACUGGAUAAUACGUUUUGUUCAAUCAGUCAGUUACAAUUGCAACCGCUUUGAGGCUGUAAUUUUUAAAUUUUGGCAAAUUAAUUUUCAUUAUCUUGCCUCAUUACUCAAUCAAUAAUUAUUGAGAUUCACACGCUUCUCUGAUAUGAAUAACACUUCAUUUAACUCGCGGUUAACGCCGACGAGAGCCUUGGACCAAACUCACAUCUUUUUAGACGACGGAACAUCUCACUACGAAAAUGAACUGGUCAGCUUAGACAGGUUCUCUGGUAGUUUUGAAGAACACAGCCUGAAUACAGUUCUUGAAGAACCAACGGCACUUUGUGAACAAGUUUUGAACGAUGCGGGGAACAUCCAGAACGGGUUCUUCGACAGCCCAGCUUCCUGUCUGCCGGAAUAUUUCUUGCCGAGCUCGAUCUCCUCGAGUGCAGAUGGUGAAUCUGGAGCCGAGGAGUCGAACUCAGUCGAGUCGGCCAAAGAACUUUUCGAAGAUGACCCAGAACCUCGAAGCGACGAAAGCCACACGAUAUCAAAAGGCAAAGUAAGCGACCUGCAGCGGACGGCCCUGGACGCCAUUUUUCACAUCACCGACAGACCUUCAAGAUGUCUGGUGCUCUACAUCGCAUCUGAACUUCGUCUUCAUCACGUCACCGUCAAGAAUUUCUUCAGCAACGCCCGGCGAAGAGUGAGAAGGGCCGCGGCAAGAUUAAGUGAUCCCGAGAGAAGCAAACGAGAAAACCGCAAGCGCAAAGAGAAAAGGAGACUUGCAGCUCUGACCGCAGCGGCGUGGCCAAGCUUGGACAUGGCGGGUAACCGCAGCCUCAAGACAUCAGAUGGAUCUCGGGUACCUGAUAUCCAGCAGUGCAGUGAUACGUCUAAUGAGAGUCCAGGUCUCACUAAAGCAGAUCAAGUGUCUCCUAGAAGACGAGCUCUCAUGGAGAAGCUUGCAGACAAGGUACAGCGCAGUGCAGCGCUCAGGAACUUGGCAAACAGCGUCGAUGCUACGGCACCUGCCACUGCCAGUCUACCGCAUGUUGAUGUUGGAGUUGUUACUACGACGGACAUGUUCUCCACAGACUCCUCGUUAUCUCCAACAAAUGUGGCUUUGCCUUUCGCUACGACAUUCAGAAAUGAUUUAGCCAAUGACUGCAGUAUCCCUCCUGAACUCAAAGCCCCUAUAUUCCAAGGUAAACUCAUUCCCAUGCAAGACACAAACUCUUCGUCAACUCCGAUGGAAGCAUUCGAAUCGCCGUCAUUUGAAUCUCCCUGCGACGACCGAGAUUCUUCCCUGUGGCACCAGAAUCUUCUGAACGUAACUCUUGAAUAUCAUCCGGAUUCUUGGGAUAUUCCAGCGCUGUACUGAGGACUUUACGAGCAAUGUUGGAGUCUGUUCGUUGUACUAAACAAUAAGUGAGUCGGGAUGACUCACCAGGGAGUAAAGCGCUUGCGACAAAGGCGAAUUAAUUUUUGUAAUAUUUUCUCUUUAGCCUUUGUUAGCAAAUUCUAUUGAGAAAGUCGCAUUUGAUCCGUUUGAUGAAAAAAUAUGAGCUAAAUUAAGCCAAGAAACGAACGCGAGUCCAAAAGUCCCGUUGAGGUGCAUUAUUUUUCUUUACAAGCACACGCUACGCAUUUAUUUUUCCGAAACUGAGUGACGCAACUAUCCUCCCUCUGAUGUACCACAGUAGAUUUGAAGUAAACUAUUAAACUCAC